AGCUGUUGGGAAUGAAUAAGCAAUCUAGUAGCAGCCACCACCAAGAAACACUAUAGCGAUGGGGGGGGCAUAUCUGCACAACCUAGUUAUCUCAAUCAAGCAAUACUUAUAGCUGCCAUAGAUCUUUCCCCUGGAAUUCUUGGAUUGAUGACUUGCUGGAGAAUUUAGGAUUUUCUGCUGUGGUUCCUGGAUGUCUGAACGCUAGCAGGGAACUCUGAGAAAGUUUCAAAGUACAAAUCCCAUUAUUCCUAAAGAUGUAGACCUAAGAGGGUGCAGCAUUGAGCUAGUGUAACUUUGAGGUGCAGUAACUUUGAUGGCCCAGAUCUUCAGACUAUGUGGAAGACAUUUCUUCAGCCACUUAAGUAUCUGAGGGGGAUUAGCAUAGUUCUCUCAAACCUUUCCUGUUGGCCUGAUGUACUAGACAGGGAGAAAUAAAAAAUUCCAGAAUGAUUGUUUCAAGGGCAAAUACACCCCCUCCGUUCUCUUACAAAAACAAGGGAGGAAGGAAACACAAUGUGCUUCCUUACAGGUGACACUGCUGCUAUGUAGGCAACGUGAUUCCCUCCUUCCCACAGAGACCUUUCAAGGGAGCAUGACGUACUUUUCUUCAUAUAUCACAAAGAGCUUUCUGAUCAGAAUACAGAAUUAGUGACAACGAAUUCCUCUUCUUCUGAGUUUUUCAGCCGGUUGUGCCAGCAUCAGAUUAUAACUGUAGGUACUUGAAGGUAAUGGACAUCAUGCGUAGCUCAGAGCCAUCCUGUUUCUGCUACCUUCCAAAUGGAUCCCUCCACUUAAAAAAUAUUUGGACAACUAUCCAGGUGAAAAUAAAUAGCAUUGAACCAGUUGAGGUGGUUUCUAUCUCAGAGGAACGGAACUGUCAUCAGUCAGAAAAUCUGUUUGCCUUUUUAAAGUGCCUCUUGAACAAUCUCUGGCAGCCAAGGGUAUCUAAAGAAACAGUCAUUUCAGUGGCCUACUAUGGAGACAAAACGUGUCUCAGGGUCCAGCCUACAAAUAAAAUGCCCUACACUGUGAGUGUACAACAAAACAUGUUGGAUGAAAAGCUUCUCCUCCUCUUUGUUGCUGGUGGCCUUCUCUUCCAUUUUGCACGCAACCUGAGUCGAAGUGUUAUAUUCUAUUAUUCUGCUGGAGUAGCGUUUGGUGUUUUUGCCACUCUAAUCUUUCUCCUUUUGAUGCUUAAAAGAUUUAUUCCCAAGUUAAGUACCUUCUGGAUUUUAAUGAGUGGAUGCUGGUUCUCUUCACUCUACUUUUUUUAUAUUUUGAAAGAAGAUUUGAAGUGGCUGUGGUAUAAUUCUGCACACUACAUACUGGGGUAUGUCUUGACAGUUGGGUUGUUCAGUUUUACUGCUUGUUACCUGCAUGGACCUCUCCACAGCGUGCAAAGCAUGAACCUUCUGAUGUGGCUUUUGCAGCUUCUAGGCUUGGUCUUCGUUUAUUUUGGCAUUGCUAUCCCUCAGGUUGCCUAUGUGAUAAUAGCCACUAUGCUCUUUUCAAAAAUCCUGCAGUAUCUUCUUCAAAUAGUCUGCUAUUUGGGCAGGAAAGCCACUCGUUUUUUCAAAUCUGAAAAGAUCAAAAUUCGUCAUCUCACUGAAGAAGAAUUUCGGGAGCAAGGUGAAACAGAGACUGCCAGAGCCUUGGAGGAACUGCGGAGGUUCUGCAGUCGGCCCGAAUUUCCCUCAUGGGUGGCAGUCGUCAAGCUGCAAACCCCACAAAAGUUUGCCAACUUUGUGCUUGGACUUCCUCACGUGUCACCUGAAGAAGUAACUGCCCACGAUGAACUAUAUGGUCUCGGAGGAGCCAUCUUGGAAGAGCAGCUUUUUAACACAGAGAACAAGACAGAACCUGAUCAACUGAUCGGUCUCACUGAAGCGGAGGAAAACCACGAAGAGGAGGGCGACGGGCCGGCCCAACAAAACAGUUUGCACUUUCAUGGCAGGGAAUUUCUCUGAGCCGCCCGCUCAAGAUAUGCGGGGGGCCAACACACAGCAGCCGCAAGAGGGAGGAGAUGGUCGGGACAUCCUUCCCUGUGAAUCGAAAGGGGCAGCCAGGACUUGCCUGAAGCACUGAAGUGCUGCUUCCUUGAUUUCCCGUCCUGAGAAGGUAUAGUGAUUAUUUUAGAAUAACACUGAUUCAGGAGAAAGGACGUGGACUUCUAAAAAGUACUGAACUCAGCCAAUUGUUCUACCAAGUGUAGGUUUGGGGUUUUUUUUCGUCAAUAAGUGGACUGUGGGGAAAACUUGCAUCCAGACAGUAUCUCCAUUCACAGAGUGUCAGCCAUAGAAAGAUACUCUGCCAUCUAAGGCAGAACAGCAAACAGCCUCCUUCCCUCAAAGUCAUGGCACAUUGCGCCAAAGGCCAAGCAAGUUAUUUGAGUACCCGAAGCAGAAAGAUGCUCAGAUGUCACUUUCUUCCUUAGAAAGGCAGUAAUGAUGCAUUAAGGACUAACAGUUUCCUACCAUUUCACGAUGCCCUCAGAGCUGCUCCCUGAGGUGGGGAGGAGUUUUGUCUUGGUGAAGCUAGCAGCUCUUGG